UUUGUAUCCAAAGAUCUCAAGUUAUCAAAAGGAAUUGCUUUAGAUUUUCGUCGACAUUUUGGGCAAUUAUCUAGUCUGCGGAAACAAAACAAGAAUGUUACUGAAAUCGCUUUUCUCAAACAAUCAAAUAGAUUUAUCCUGUACAUAAUAAUAAAAGAGAAGUUUUGGCAGAAACCAAAAUACGAAAUUAUUUUCACUGCCCUACAAAAUCUCCGAGAAUUUUGUCAUGUAAAUCAUUUAGAUAAAAUAGCUUUACCUAAAAUAGAUACUGGUCUAGAUUGGUUAAAUGUUCGAUCUAUCAUAAACUAUAUCUUCAGAGACUCUAACAUUCACAUUCUUCUCUAUUCUCUAGUUGAAUACUCAUCAGAACAAAAAUCUCAUAUCAUUCAAGAAUUUCACCUAAAUCCCUUAGGUGGUCAUCAGGGUAUAUCACGAACUAUCAAUAGAUUAAAGAAACAACACUCAUGGAUCGGUAUGAAUCAUGACGUGGCUGAGUUUAUAAAAAAAUGUACAUCAUGUCAGAAAAACAAGACUACAAAUCGUCAUGUAAAAGCACCGAUGGUAAUUACUACUACCUCUUCAAAGCCCUUUGAGAAAGUUUUUAUGGACGUAGUCGGUCCUCUUCCACGUACACCUCAUAACAAUGCCUAA